AGCCAGUAACUCCAGGCUGGCGGUCGGAGGGCCCGGGGAGCGGCGGGGGCGGGUACGGGCGCGGCUACCGGGGGGGCUCGGAGAGGGCGUGGCAGGGGACGGGGAGGGCGAGGAGGCCGAUACAGCAGCAGCAGGGCCUAUGAGUAUGUGUAUGAGGACCCAAAUGCAGAAUUUGUGGACCCCGCCCUCCAGACUGGGCAGUUUUUCUACAACAGUGACUACAGCUUCAUGCCUAUAGAUGAGACUGUCCUGAAAGACUACAUCAGGAAACAAGUGGAGUAUUACUUCAGUCCAGAGAACCUGGCAAGAGACUUCUUCUUGCGCAGAAAGAUGGAUGAACAAGGGUGGAUCUCCCUCAGUCUGAUCGCCAGUUUCUACAGAGUACAGGCCCUCACCACAGACCUGGGGCUCAUCCUGCAGGCCAUAAAGGACAGUGAGGAACUGGACAUGGAGAACGAUGAGAAAGUUCGCACCAAGGUGGAGCCGGAGAAGUGGCCCAUCGCGGGCCCGCCUGUCCCGUACACGCCGGGGAAGGUCAGCGGGAACGUGGACCUCACGGCUCUCGUGGACGCGCCCGUGUUCAUCCCAGGCAAGCCCUACGUCCCGGGACAACCAUACCACGAGCCCAGCAAAGAGUAUGAGCCCACCUCCCCUCAGCAGGCCGAUGACCACAGGGGUUACGGGCGGGAGGCCAUGUCAGCUCACCUGAUGGUCAGCAGUCGUGGCCUGUCCACAAGCCUGCCAGACCUGGACAGGGAGCUGGAACUGGACAACUGGACAACGGUCACUACCAAGAAGCAGCGGCAUCCCACCCCAUCCAAACCAAAGACUGAGCAGAGGUCAAGAGAGGAGUUUGGAGGAGAUCAGGAGGAGCUGGACUUCCUGUUUGAUGAGGAGAUGGAGAAGCUGGAUGGCAGGAAAAACACCUUCUCAGAGGAUCUAACGGAUGACUCUGACUAUGAGAUGAGCGACCACGAGGUCAACAAGAUCCUGAUCGUGACACAGACCCCGCCCUACCUGAAGAAGCACCCCGGCGGUGACAGGACCGGCAAUCACGAGUCGCGCGCCAAGAUCUCCUCGGAGCUGGCCAAAGUCAUCAACGACGGGCUGUACUACUAUGAGGAGGACCUAUGGACGGAACAUGACUACGAGGAAUUGAAGGUAUGGAACAAGCAAGAGUUUACUGGUUAUAAGAAGGUGGACGUGAUCUCUAAGGAGGAGUUUGACCAGAUGGCUCCUGGGAAGCCGGCUGUGACGCACCAGAAGGUGCCGCCACCCCCACCUAUCCCAGCAACCCCUGCAGACACUAAACCUGCAGACACUGCAGCGCCGGCAGAACCGAUCCCUCAGCCUGCCGUCAUCCCGAAGACCAACACCCAGGCAGGAGCACAGCUGUCCCAGUCCCUGCCCACCAACAUCCCAGACACCCCACAGUGGACCCCACGUGGGUCCCGCACACCCAGGAGAAAGGACCCACGCAGAUCACCCCGCUUCUACCCGGUCAUCAAGGACGGCAAGCAGCCUGACACUUCGACUCCCCGGAAGCGUAAGACCAAGUACAGCGCAAACCCCCCCAUGGAGAGCCACGUGGGGUGGAUCAUGGAUGUGAGGGAGCACAGGCCACGUACCACAUCUACAAGUAGCCUGAGUAGUAUGAGCCCCUCGGAGGGGGCCCCUGCCACCAGCUAUGGUACGCCCCAGUCCAUCCCCAAGUUCCAGCACCCCUCUCACGAGCUGCUGAAGGAGAGUGGUUUCACCCAGCAGGUCUACCACAAGUACCACGCACGGUGUCUCCGAGAGCGUAAGAGACUUGGCGUGGGCCAGUCACAGGAGAUGAACACUUUGUUCCGGUUCUGGUCCUUCUUCCUGCGGGAGCACUUCAACCGCAAAAUGUACGAGGAGUUCAAGAGACUGGCACUGGAGGACGGCAAGGAGGGAUACAGGUACGGGUUGGAAUGCCUGUUCAGGUUCUUCAGUUACGGUCUGGAGAAGAAAUUCCGCUCCGAAAUCUUCAAGGACUUCCAGGAUGAGACGUUGAGAGACUUUGAGUCUGGUCAGCUGUAUGGUAUGGAGAAGUUCUGGGCCUUCCUGAAGUACUCCAAACAGCGGGACCUACAGGUCCAUCCCAAACUGAAGGAGGCCCUCAAGCCAUACAAGAGACUGGAGGACUUCAGAGUAGAUCCUCCCCAUCAUGCUGACGACGAGACUAAGAAGUCCAGCGAGGCGUCGGGGACCAGCCCUUCCCAUGGUGCCUCAGGAUCAGGGACCAGUGCGGACGGCAGGGCCAGGAAAGGUGCAGCAGGAGAGGACAGUUCCAGGAAGGAGAGUCAGCAAUAACACUCAGGAACAUACUACGGAAAAAAAA